AUGAUUCCACAACUGAGCCCGGUUCCCACGCUGCCAAAACCCUUUGGGCCGCAUAAAGUUGGCACCACAGAAUGGGAGAUCCCAAUCUCAGAGAUACCCUCGCCGUCGCCGAUACCAGACGAAAAGAUCACAACCAUAAAAUUCCGACUAUUCUACCCAACAACGCCCAAGGCCAAAUCGAAAUCCUCUGUGACAUGGUUGCCCUCACCGCAGCGAGAAUGGAACCAGGCAUACGCUUCGUUCCUUGGAGCGAGUCCUCGGGUGUCGUCGCUCAUAUCAUUCGUCCCAUCUUUACUCAACAUGACCACUUUGCCGUGCGUCGCCGAUGCGCCAUUAUUACCCAGACAGGCGUCUUCGAAGUACCCUCUAGUGAUCUUCUCGCAUGGCCUGGGGGGGAAUUGCAAUGCCUACAGCGCAAUUUGUGCAGCACUGGCAAGUUUUGGCAUUGUGUGUGCGGCCCCUGAGCACCGAGACCAAAGCGCCCCAAUGUCCAUUAUACGGUCGGCUGAUGGGCGCAAAGCCGCCACGGUCCCCUAUCAGAAGCAUCCACAUGCUCCCACGGCCAAAGUCCUCAAUGCACGCAAUGCCCAGUUGCGGAUACGGCUUUGGGAGCUCGAACAGCUUUUCACGGUUCUGACGAGUCUCAAUGAGGGCAAGACGUUCUCCAACUACGCUGUUGCGGGCACGAAAACCAAACCGGGGCCGCCGCUGAAGAACGUGCUCGAUCUGCGACCCGGGCACGUCACCUGGGCAGGCCACUCCUUUGGCGCCUGCACGACCAUUCAAUUCGUGAAAUCGGUCUACUAUCGUCAACAUCUUCCUUCAUUUAAAAACACAGAGUUCGAAGAUGACCCGGACUGGCGACCACUUUACAAAGCCGUUGAAAACAGCGAGCUCGUGCGACAAAUCACCCCGGACUCACCCCUUAUCCUGCUCGACCUAUGGGCCAUGCCUCUGCGGGCGGGACUGACCAGAUGGCUGUGGGAGCGGCCUCUGCCCUGCUACAACCGCGAAAUACCUGAUGGCAAGGCUCCUCCUCCCACGAACGUGAUCGCAAUCGUAUCAUCUGAAUUCUACAAGUGGCCCGAACUGAUCAAUCGGAUGAAGGCUGCCCUUUCCGCAAGGCCUGCCGAGGCCAUGUACACGCUCGAGAAGCGCACAUCCAAAGACAGUACAAACUACAAACCACGCACGAAAUCCAACCCACAAAUCAUUGCGACGCCCCCUGAUAAACUACCUGUCGACGUGGAAGAACCAGAGGAACUAGCCUCACGGCGCGGGUUUGAGGAGAGGAGGGAUGAAGACCAAGAAUCAGACGCUGGCGACGAAAUGUUUCUAACACCAUUCUCGACGCCCGGUGAAGAGUUCCCAUUUGAGAAGAUCAUGAUGAACAGACGAAGCGGCUUCGAAGCUUGGAGGGUCCGGACAGAUACCAAAGAGACGAGACAGGAGAGUGCGGAGGCCGAGAGGGAUAUGGACACAGCAUCUAUGAGAGAGGCGGUGAACCAGAUCAAGCAGAUGCAGCUAGAUCUUGAGCUAGAGUCGCAAGAGCAGAGAGAUCAGUACAAUGAGGAUAUUAUGAAGGAGGCCAUCAACCAGCCCCUCCCGGAGUCCGCUGCAGAAGACGAACCAGACGACACAGCCACCCAGGAUGGGAUCCAUACUGCUACUCAAGCGGACGCAGGGGAAGCUGCCAUCGGAGUGGAGGUGUCUGCAGAGGAUGAGGAAGCCGACUUCAACGCCGCCUCCGCACCGGCUUCACGGUCGUCGACAUCCUCUAACCUGACGACCUCCGACUCAACCUCCUCCCUCUCGACACCCGCCUCUUCAGUCCACCUCAGCCGCACACCCUCCCCAUCGCCCAGCACCUCGACGUGCGAAAGCACAUCUAGCGCCUCGUCGCUGUCAUCCUACGACGCAAAUACCCUAGAAAACGAUUCAGUCAAGACUACCGCCUCGGCCCUCCCCCACCCUUCCGCCAACCAACCAGACGAGCCUUUCACGCCCACAUUCAACACCUUCUCUCUUCCACCCCUCGACGUACCCAAGACCCUCAUCGCACCUGCCUCAAACACGCCCUCGCCUCUCGACCCGCAGCUCUUCCUGAUCCCGAACACGGCCCAUCUCUCACAAUCCGACUUUGGCGUCCUGUUCCCCAAGCUGACGAGAUAUCUCAUGAACGCCGAGAACCCCGUCGAGACGAUCCGGCUCAACGUGAGGGCCAUGCUGGCCGUCAUGAGGAACUCGGGCCUCGAAGUCGAGGCAUACAAGGACGAGGUCGAGAGCGUCAAAAGGAAAAAAGACGAUAAGGCGCUGCAACAAGGCGAACAAGCACAAGCACGGGAUGUGCACGACGUGGAUGAUAUCCUCACGGAAAACUGCAAGGAAGAGAGGUGGUUGAGGAUCGAUAUCUACUGA